UCCUCCUAAUUAGCCUCCGAAUAUUUGAUGUGAUAGGAAUUUUAGUUCGGACUAAAGAUCCAAACACCAAUCUGAUUUCCCUUUCCCUUUCCCAUACCCUAUCCAAACACCACCUUAGGAAUUGCGAAAUAAUUAAAUAGCCAAGCAUUGUUUAGCAAUUCCGAUCCCUUUCCUCGCUUGACCCUGACGGCCGCCAGCCGAGUGCCCCCGCGCCGGAUCGAAGCGCGCCGCGCGCUGCCUGGGUCUCCUUCGGUCCUUCCUGUGCCGUGUCUCCCUGAUCGACUUAGCUUUGGCUGGUAAGGGAUCCCUGGUGCGUCUGGAUGGAUUGUUAUGAGCCUGAUUCCUGUUUUGCCGGGUUGCUUUUUUUCCUCUGUGAGAUCAAAUCCAUAUCUUCAUUCCUGGGAUGUGUUCUUCAAUCUGUCCAUCCAUUUUGUUGUGGAUUUCAUCGCGAACGGCUAUUUACUUUUCAAAAGUUUGGGGGUUCACCUGUCGAGGAGAUAGGUGCGUCAAGAACACGCAAACUUAAUUCUUAUCUGUUCUAGGGUUCCAUUCGUUUUGCUCCGUGUGCAAAUUCGGUUGAUAUUAUUGCGAUCCGCUGGGAUCAUGGGAGAAUGAAACCUGUUGCAGUCAUCUGGUACAAAUUCCAGUCCGCGAUGCCCUUUCCAAAUGGUUAAUUCUUUUGCGAAAUUAUUUGUUUCAAACUCAUGUCCACUGUUUGUAAGUAGAGUUGUGUUGUAAUAGGAUAUUUUGCUUUUAUCUAUCGUGCUUUAUAUUUCAGUAUAUACAUACAUGGGUACACCUGCAUUGCGGGCUUAUCUUGUACUUCUUAUUUGUAUGAUAUAGUACCAUCCUUGUUGCAUUUUUAUGUCUUUAGAUAGCUAAUCCAAAUAAAUUGUUUCAGGUAUUAUGAACUAUGCAGCAGGCAUUGAGUUGCAUCCACAAUGUCCCAACUUGGAACAUGUUCAUUGCCUGGAGCUGCAAUCUAUGGCACUUCAACUAGGAGGUUUGGAGGUUCACAAUUUCAGCAACCUAAGGUUAAUCGCAUCUCAUUUGAACAGAAAGUGUCUGCUAAAACAACAUUGAGAAGUAUGAGGUGUAAAGCUACUCAAACCCAAAGCGUCCAAAAGAAAUCUUCAAGUGCAACUGUUCAACGUGAUAAGAAAGGGAAAGUUCAAGGGCCGAAGCUGGACGAUGGAAGUGGUGGGUUCCCUCCGUUCCGCUUCGGCAAAGGUGGGGGCGGUGGUGGAGGUGGCGGGGGUGGCAGCAACUACUUCGGCGGAUUCCUUCUCUUCUCCUGUGUGUUGCUCCUGGAUUACCUGAAGGAGUUUGAGAAGUACCUGCUUACUCGGAAGCACCGAGGUGGAGACGACGCCAGCAACGGGCUGCUACAACCAUGAUCACCCUUCGCCAGUCUCACUAGCACUAGCUACUCGUUUCUGUUGUAAUGAAGAAGGCUUCUGGUUGUGGCUGCCAUUUGGAACAUAACAUGUGACUGUCAUGGUAGUUUAUGUUCUCUUUCUGAUGGACUUCUGAGAAAGAUCAUGUUGGACUUGAGACUCAAAUUACAGGACUGUGGGUAGUUUAUGUUGACUUUCUGAUGGAGUUCUGAGAAAGAUCAUGUCGGACUUGAGACUCAAAUUACAGGACUGCGUCGGAGAUGCCGAAAGUUCCUUCAAGUAGGCUGCUGAGCUGGAGAUAUGAAUCUAGUGUAACGUAGCGUGCCUGUUUCAGAUGUAAUCCUAUCGUCAUUGGUGUGGAACGCUUGCCGACUGAAAUGUAGAAUCAGUUGACUGGAAAUUUGGCCGCCGUUCUCUACGGUGACUUUUGCUUUCCUAUUCGCUGAGGUUUGUGACUGUCGAAAUUGAGGUGUAAGCUGGCAGAGCAAGUUGUGUAUCAUUUCUGGUUGGUUUACGGGGAAA